GUUAAACAGUUAAUUUGACAACUCUGUCAUCUGUUUGUCUCUUGAAUAUAAUCGAUCCAGCGAUUCAGGCUCUGUUUCGUGCGAAGUGGAUCUCUCUCUCUCUCUCCCUCUCUCUCUAUUUGUCUCUAGAUCUCUCUCUCUCUAUGUGUAUUGACAACUGUCUUCUGAUUCUUGAUCAAACGUAGGCCUACUGUUGUAUGAAUGCAGCGUUUGUAUGGCCGAUUAAUAGCCAAACCUGCGUUUUCACAUGUGUCCGAUUAUUGAUUUAUGCCGAAAGACAUCAUUGUAAUAUGCUUUAAAAAUAAAGAUUGGGUUUACAUACGUAAGGUCGAGCUCUCUUCUAGCAAUAGAACACAGCCGUCAGUCCUGUGAACUAUCUGAACACAGCACGUGGAUGUGCACUUUCGUCGUUUUGACAGGUGCCAGUAUCAGUUUGAUGUUGGUGACCAGUGUCCCUUUUCAUUCAUCUGUCAUCAGCAAUUGACUUUAUAGGCUGCUGAACACCAAAAUCAAAUUAUUACGUAGUGCUGUAAGUUCCUUAAACAGUUAUAUCCGUUGUGUACUGAAUAUUAUAUUGCAGACAGGAAGUCAGUUAACUUUAGUACAGCCAAAUAUAAGCAAGAGUGCUUUUGAGUUUGAUUAAUUUCUAUGUAGUCCUUGCAAUGCUGUUUUUCCCUACAUACUAAUAUUGAUCAAAAUGUCUUCCAAAACAAAGCAUGGUAGGAUCUUCCAUUAUCUCACAUUUAAAAAACACUUUCUUAUAUGUACAACAUAUUUACGCUGUAAUGCACUUUUAGAUGCAAGUGUGUUCGACCCAAGCAAUUACAUUUUCUAUAAAAAAAACGAAGACCUUGAGGAAAAUAACCUGUAACCCAAUAUCUAUUUGCAUUUACAGGAUCAAAAUAAUAAUUUAGUCAAAUGUGAUGUUACGGUACAUCAUUACUGCUGAAUAUAAAACACUCUAGGCCUGUAGGCCCAACCUGCUACUCCGCUGUGUUGGACUACUGCGGACGUCUCACUGUCGUUGGCCUAAUAGAAAUUCUUAAUUUUAAAGAGCAUCAUUUUUCACAGCAUCUGAAACUACCACAAGAGGAAACAAGAUAAUGUUUUUUUAUAUAUAACCCUAUCAUGAUUUGAUUAUAUGUUACUUCUCUUACAUUCUACACUUUUCUUUGAGGAACAAGGCACUUGACACAUUUGACACAGUUCAGUUCAGCCAAUAGCAGCUUAUUCUGCUGGUGAAGUCUUGAGGUCAGAUGGCAUUGUCAAAUGUGGGUACAUGUAGUACCAACGUUUAAUGAAAUGUAAAAGACCAUGUACGGGUCAUAACCUGCACAUGCAAGGUUUUAUUACAUGAACAAUGGCAAGGGAAACAAGAACAGUUAUAAUGAAAUUAACACAUUAUUUGGAUAUUAAAUAAAGAGGAAUCCACAUUUUUCAGUCAAAAGUGGUUGACUGGUAUGACACCAUGAUCAUUGUUUGCAGUUCAACAACUUUGUUUUCAUUGAUCUGUGGAAGUGAGCAUGCUGUUGGGUGUAGAUGCUGUUGGUUGGGUAACAUCAAAUGCGGCCUCAUUUUUAAGGGGCCCAGUUUCGCAAGUUCCACUCUAAAGGGAUCUCUUCCUUUCUUCCCACAGUCCUGCCCUAUGACUAUGGAGACGGAGACAUCAGAUGGAUAUCUUGAUAGUAACGGAAACUGCUCUCCCAGGAAGGAGAACCCGAGAAUGCUGGUGGACCUGCCAACCAGCACGCCGAAUGGGCAACAUUCCCAAAGUCCUGUGUCAUCCACUGAACACACAAUCAAGCAAGAGGGGGUGGGUGAGGAGGAGGAGGCGGAGAGGGGAGUCCCUGGCCCAGACGGGAUGGCUCAAAGUGGAGAGGAGGGGUCUGGCCUGGAGGAUCCCAUAAUUGACAGCCCAAACAAUCUGCAGGACAUGGGGAACACAACAGAUGGUCCCAACGAUACCUCAGCUGGUUUGUCUAAUGGAGACAGACCCUUCUCGUGCAGCCAGUGUGGCGUGUCCUUCACGCAGAAGGGGAACCUGCUGAGGCACGUUAAGCUGCACACAGGCGAGAAGCCCUUCAAGUGCCCCUUCUGCAACUAUGCCUGCCGCCGGCGCGACGCACUGACCGGACACCUGCGCACGCAUUCAGUGGGUAAACCACACAAGUGCAACUACUGUGGCAGGAGCUACAAACAGCGCACGUCUUUGGAGGAACACAAGGAGCGCUGUCAUAACUACCUGCAAAGUGUUGGCAUGGAUACCUCCAAUGCUGGCCAGUACCCAGGAGAUGUAUCUAAAGAGCCAAGGCCCAAGAUGGAGCCAUCCAACAUUGUGUCCUUUGAGCGCCCGCCCGUCAUAGAGAGGCUGCAGGGGAACGUGGGCAAGAGGAAGAGCACCAUUCCACAGAAGUUUGUGGGUGAGAAGAUGAUGCGCUACUCGUACCAAGACAUCAACUUUGACAUGGGUAUGAAGUAUGAGAAGGAGGCUGAGCUAAUGCAAGCACAUAUGAUGGACCAGGCAAUGAAUGCCAUGCCUUAUCUGAGCUCUGAUUCCCUGAGGCCCAUGGUCCACCACCCACCUCUCUCCAUGACCGAAGUGGGACCCAUGGUGAACUCUCUCUUCCACCCUGUGUACCCACUGGGGCAUCGCAUAGAUCGCUCCAGCAACCGGGAGCCCCCGCCACUGCCCCCACCUCCCCCAGAGUUCCCUCCCUCCACCAAUGGAGCGAUCUCCUUGGUCCGAGCCAAGAACCCCCAAGCAGGCCGGGAGGGUUCCCCCAGCAACAAUGGGCGGGAGUCGGCGGACUCGGCCCAGAGCAGCCCUCGGGACAGGCAUGCUGCCCAGGGCAACGCCGGCCCCAGGUCCAGAACCAGCCCUGGCUUUGCCAAGGGGGAGGAGGGCCGGCUGAGGGAGGCUGCGCUGGUGCGGCCGGGGGGCAGAGAGGCCGUGCGCGUCUUCAACCGGGAGGGCCACGAGCUGCGGGCCUUCCAGUGCGAGCACUGCCGCGUUCUCUUCCUCGACCACGUUAUGUUCACCAUCCACAUGGGCUGCCACGGCUACAGAGACCCGCUCGAGUGCAACAUCUGUGGCCACUACAGCAAGGACCGCUACGAGUUCUCCUCACACAUCGUCCGCGGAGAGCACACCUUCCACUAGGGAGCUGAGGGCAGUCACACACACACACACACACACACACACACACACACACACACACACAC